UUGCGUGAGUGCGUGUGGGUGUGUGUAUCAGAGCCCUCCCAUCUGUGGAGGACACCGGAUGAUGGAUGGUGCGCUCGGAUGAAGGCAGACCUCAAAGCGCGGCCCAGUGGCAUGCAGAGAUCCGCGCUGUGCUCCUGAAGCCCGUCACCUGCAUGAAGCGGAGAUGGAGUUCAGAUAGACGCACCGCUCCAGCCCUGGGACUGAUCGCUGCGACUUCCGCUCUGGAUUUCUGCACUUCGUGUUUAGUUGCCCUGAGAAAAUGUGGAGACUCACCAACUUGUUGGCCUGUCUGCUGGUGUUGUGUAAGGACGCGUCCUCACAGAACAAGAUCUUUGGGGACACUGAGCCUGUCAGGAUGACAUCAGAGGGCUCCGACUGCCGCUGUAAGUGCAUCAUGCGGCCUCUGAGUAAGGAUGCCUGCCUGCGGCUGCGCAGCGGCAGCGUGCGCGUGGAGGACUUCUAUACAGUGGAGACGGUCAGCUCGGGAUCAGACUGUAAGUGCUCCUGCACUGCUCCGCCAUCCUCACUCAACCCCUGUGAGAACGAGUGGAAGAUGGAGAAGCUGAAGAAACAGGCCCCAGAGUUAUUAAAGCUCCAGUCUAUGGUGGACCUCCUGGAGGGAACCCUGUACAGUAUGGAUCUACUGAAGGUCCACUCCUAUAUCAACAAGGUGGUCUCUCAGAUGAACACCCUGGAAGAGACCAUCAAAACAAACCUUACACGAGAGAAUGAAUAUGUACGGGACAGCAUGACGAGCCUGACCAACCAGUUUAAAAAAUAUGAGAACUACUCCAACAUCAUGAUGAGCAUCAAGAAGGAGAUCUCCUCGCUCAGCCUGCAGCUGCUGCAAAAGGACGCAUCUGAGAGCAAAGCACAGGACACUCAUGAUGAGAAAGUCAAGCCUCCAGGAAAGGUAGCAAACAAAAAGACCCCUGCUGCCAAAACGCCCCCAAAGGCACCCAAAGAAAAAUCAGUCAAGCCCAAGAAAGAUGUCAUAAAGCCUGGGAAACCGGCUAAGCCUGACCCGACUCCAAAAACGAAGGUGGGUGGCCAGCAGCCUGGCGUGGUGAGGAGCAUCACAUACUACAAGGCCUCCAAGACCAACCAAGAUGACCAAAGAGGAGACCACUCUGUGAAAACACACCCGGUCCAUCACCUAACAGAAAAUGAGCCUGAGGAUGGAGGGACUGAAACUAUCCUAGAGCCUGUUGAGGGAACUGUGGCUGAGACCUUUGACCCCACUACAGCUCCCAUUGAUACCACUACCACCACCACCGCCACUACUACCACCACCACCACAAUGUCCACCACCUCAGAGCCCACUACUACCACACCCCGGUCUGAAAGACCAGCUCCUACUAUUGUGCUGGUACUGGACAACUCCAACAACAACAGUCGGCCCAGCCUCCACAGAGAAGGGAAGAUCCUCAACUGUGAAGGAACUCUGGCAUCCAUUGAGCAACCGGAGAAACAACACAGCUAUGGGCGCAAUGAGGGAGCCUGGAUGAAGGAUCCUUUGGCUAAGGACUCCAAGAUCUACGUGACUAAUUAUUACUAUGGCAACAACCUGGUGGAGUUCCGUAACCUGGACAACUUCAAACAAGGGCGUUGGAGUAAUCUUUACAAGCUGCCCUACAACUGGAUCGGGACUGGCCAUGUGGUUUAUAACGGAGCUUUCUACUACAACAGGGCUUUCACUAAGAACAUCAUUAAGUAUGAUCUGAGGAUGCGAUACAUGGCAGCGUGGACUCUGCUGCACGACGUUGUCUACGAGGACACCAACCGCUGGAAGUGGAGGGGACACUCGGAUAUCGACUUUGCAGUUGAUGAAAGUGGCCUGUGGGUAAUCUACCCAUCUCUGGACUAUGACUACAACCAGCAAGAGUUGAUUGUGAUCAGUAAACUGGAUCCCGGAGACCUGUCCCUGAAAAAGGAAACGACCUACCGAACAGGCCUCAAGCGGAACUCUUAUGGAAACUGCUUCAUCAUCUGCGGUGUCCUGUACGCUGUCGAUGUGUACAACCAGAAAGAAGCUGAGGUGAACUAUGCCUAUGACACCCACACAAAUACGGAGGCAAUCCCACGUUUGCCAUUCACCAAUGAGUACUCCUUCACCACCCAGAUCGACUACAACCCAAAGGAUAAGCUUCUGUAUGCAUGGGACAAUGGCAAUCAGGUUACAUAUCAGGUGAACUUCAUUGAGGAAUGAGCACAGGUAAUUUGUGUCCAGGCUUGCCAGGAAGGCAACCAGUUAGAGGAUUCUCAGUAUGUAUCUGUACGAACUUAUGUAGAACCUAUCAUUCGACGUAAAUCUGUUUUUUGGGCCUCAGUUAGGUUUUACAGCCUUCCCUUGUAUCUUCUAAAGCAUGUUGUUAUACAGUUUUCCAAUUCUUAAUUUUUUUUUUGCACAGCUUUGGAUAAUAAA